GGAAUUUUCCCGUUGGUGCAUAAAUAUUUGAAAUGGUUUGUAUUACAGUCGCUGCUUGAUGAGAUGUUAUUUGUCCCUGCUUCUCUCCCCCCUUGCAGCAGGAUGUCCUGAAAUUAGGGGACUUUGGGUCCUGCCGGAGUAUCUAUUCUAAGCAGCCGUACACGGAAUACAUCUCCACCCGCUGGUACCGGGCCCCAGAGUGUCUCCUCACUGAUGGCUUCUAUACCUACAAGAUGGACCUGUGGAGCGCGGGCUGCGUGCUCUAUGAGAUGGCCAGCCUGCAGCCCCUCUUCCCCGGAGCCAACGAGUUGGACCAGAUCUCGAGGAUCCACGACGUCAUUGGCACACCUACUGGGAAGACCAUCACCAAGUUCAAACGGUCGAGAGCUAUGAGUUUUGAUUUUACUUUUAAAAAGGGAUCAGGAAUACCUCUACUGACAGCCAGUUUGUCCCCGCAAUGCCUCUCCCUCCUGCACGCAAUGGUGGCCUAUGAUCCCGAUGAGAGAAUCACUGCCCACCAGGCCCUGCAGCACCCCUACUUCCAGGAACAGAGGGCAGCUGAGAAGCAGGCUCCAGCCAGGCCCAGGAGGAAGGCCUCCGCUCUCUGCCCCAAGCGGCCGGUGGCACCGGAACUACUCAGUAACAACUGGCAGCCGGCACAGGAGGGCAGCAAGCAGAAACAGCCCCUAAAGCAAGAGGAGGACCAUCCCAGGAGACACGGACCAGCCUACGUGAUGGCACUGCCCAAGCUCAAGCUAUCGGGAGUGACCAAGCAGCCCUUGUACUACAGCCCAGCGCUGCAGUCAGUGGUUGCCCCCGGAGCGACCCGGAAGGUCCCGGUGCUGAGACCCCCGAAGUGUGUUGGCCCGAACCAGAAGACAGACACACAGAAGGACAUCCAGCCUAACCUGAAACAGUACCGCCGGCCCACAGUAGAGCGGAGAGGUGGAGGCUACUGAGUGGCGCUGCGGCUCCCCUGCUCGGGGCGACUCCCACCCGGCCGGGCCCCAGCGAGCGUCCCGGGAGAGCUGCCCCCAGACCAGCACCAGCACCUCGGCUUGGAGCCUGCCGGCCCGAGGCUGCUUGCGUCCUAAAGGCAGCCGUACUGUAGGUUCCAGUCUCAGACCUUUGUAAAACCACCUCAUUCUAGGGUUUCGGUUCCUUUCCGUAACGUAAGAAUUUGGGGCAGGGAAUAUUUUGUAAUUUUUUAUAUGAAUCAAAACAGAAAUUAUACUUCGUUAUGGAUUAUUUAGGCCCGGUUUCACCGAGGCUCUGCACACGGUGCCUUCCUUAGUGCAUCCACCAGCAGUGUCCUAGCACGUUUGGCUUCCAGAUUAUACCUUGGAGACCCUGAUUUUUAUUAAACAAUAAGCUGUCAUUACAGUGUUGCAUCUUAAUAUAUCUUGAGUUAAACAUG